AUGUGUGAAUAUGAUACGAUUAAUAUUGUUCUUAUCUAUAGGGAUUACUCUUGAAUUUGGUCAAAUAUCAUGUCAAAGCAGCGAAGAACUGGCUUUUCAACUAUGUCCAAACGGACAAUACAGUAUGUCUACCGGAGUGAAUCUGCUCGCAGUUUGUGUCCCUUGUCCAUGUCCAAAUAACUCUAAUUGCUUGCAACUACCAGAUGAGACAAUAACAUGUCUAAAUUGCCCAAAAGGGUAUGCAGGUCAACUAUGCGACAAAUGCGAUUCUGGUUAUUUUGAUAAUUCUGCUCAAGAAUUGUCGGAAUUUAGUGUCAAUUGCGUACCUUGUAAUUGCAAUGGUAAUGCAGACAUUAGUGAUGCUGGAAGUUGUGAUAGGCAAACAGGUGUCUGCCAUAAAUGUCUAAACAACACUACUGGUGACCAUUGCGAGAGUUGUGCGCCUGGAUUUUAUGGAAAUGCUCUACAAAGAGAUUGUAAACCUUGCUCUUGUAAUUUAUGGGGCAGUCUGAAACCACCAAAAUUAACUAGUCCAAUACAAUGCGAUAGGGUCACUGGUGAUUGUUUAUGCGUACCCCAUGCCAAGGGUAAACUUUGCGACGAAUGCGAGGCGACAAUGGGUGCAAAAAUUGAUUGUGAUCCAAUUGGAAGUAUAGGUGAAAAUUGUUCUGCUGAAACUGGGCAAUGCAAAUGCAGACCUGGAGUUUCGGGCCAAAAAUGCGAUGUUUGUGCUCCGUUACACUAUGGAUUUUCAUCUACUGGCUGUACUGAAUGCAAUUGCCAUAAAUAUGGAUCCAAGAGUACGCAGUGUGAUGAAUAUGGACGUUGUCCUUGCCAUGACCAGGUUGAAGGAAAAACUUGUGAUAAAUGUAUUGGCAAAAAACUAGGAAUUCGCAAAGGCUGUUUCGACUGCCCGCGAUGUUAUGACUUUGUGGAAGCAGAAUUUACAGACUACAAGCAAUUGAUCGAUCAGAAAGAACAGGAUCUGAUUGAUAUAUCUGCGGAUAAUAGUACCGAUACUGAUUUCGACAUUGAGUUCGAAGAUUUAAAACAAACCGUUGAUGAUCUUAAACAAGAUACUUUUAGUUCAAUAAGCGAUAUCAACAACAAAAAUACGAAUCUUACUGAACUAGCAGCCUCCAUACAAGCAGAAUUUUUAGAUUCUUUGCCAAAAUAUAUUGAUGACCUAAAUGACAUAGCUCGAGACUCGCAGGACCUUAUUAAUAUGCUCGAAAACGAGUUGCUCAGAGCAAAAGAUAGCAUUUCACAAGCUGAACCUGAAGUCGAGGCUGCUUUGACCUAUAUAAAAACUGAAGGUAAAAAAGCACUAGAAGAUGCAGAAAAGUUUUCUGAAACAGUUAAUUCAUCUAAGGAUCUGGAAAAUAUAGCAAAAGAAGCCAAAGAUCUAGCAACUGAGCUAGAAAACAAUGUUAACACAAUUACAGAUUUAGCAACACAAGUUAAAAAUAUUUCCGAUCAACUUUUAUCCAAAGAGCCUGAAUUAAAUGAAUUAUUCCCUAAUGAAACUGACUCCUGGCUAGAGUACUUGCAGAAUAGAACCGAAUCGUCAAAAAAUAACAUGCAAGAGUUACUCGAACUUGUUGAUGAUACGAAGCAACUUUUAUUGGAUACCAAAAAUGAUUAUAUCGAAAUAAUACAAGAUAUAAAUAAUGCAACUGUUCCUGAAAUUAAUAUUCCCGAAUUAGGUAACCGCAUAGAAGCUAUGAAUGGAGUGUCUAAUCGGAUCAUAAGAGAAGCAGAUGAUUUUUUAAAUGGACCACAUUUAUAUCAAAAAAUUAAAAAAGAAUUAGAAACAAAUUCUAAUGUUAUGGAAUCUUGGAGUGAAUUGGUGAAAGAAUGGAAUGCAAUGUUGGAGAGCGUUAAUAAUUAUAACAAUAUGGCAAAGGAAGCGAUAAAGAUGGCAAAUGAUGUGUUAGAAAAUGCUAAGAAAACACUGGAAGAAGUAUCGGAGAACAACAACUUGAAAAAAGUGAAAGAAGCCGCUAAAGAUGCACUUAAUGAAAGACAACAAAUAAAAAGUGAUAUGAAUGAAAUAUCAAUUGAAAUUAAUACUUUUGGGGAAAAAGUGUCUGAAAUAAAAAACAACAUAGGAUACUUGAAUAUAUCCGUGAUUAAUGGAGAGAUUCAGGAUUCUAAGCAGCAAGUAAAAUCCACACAAGAUGAUGUGGAAAAUAUCCAAGAAAAUUUAAAUUCUACAGAAGAUACUCUUCAAAAUUUAGAUGAUUAUCUAAAACUAACUGAAGACCGAUUUGUGAAAGAAAAUGAUGUAUAUAAAAAAGAUGAAGCUUUACUAAAAGAAUCCAGUAAAAACCAAAAUAAAUUGCAUUCUGAUAUGGAGUCAUUCGCAGCAACUUUAAAUGAAAGACUAUUAGAACUCGAUGAUAUAAGAAAACAUUUAAAUAACACGAUAGAAAUUGAUGAACAAACUCUCAACAAAUUAGAAAGAAGAAUUAAGCUGCUAGAGAAACAAUUGAAAGAUGAUGAUAUUUCUGGUCAGAUAUCAAAACUCCAAAAUAUACAAGUAAAACAAACUUAUUUAAUUUCGAUGAAAGAAGAUGAAUUAAAAUUUUUGGAAAACGAAGUAGAAAAUGUAAAAUACAUUGCUGCAGCACUGCCAGAGGCAUGUUAUAAGCCAACCGAUUUGCAAAGAUAA